AUGUCGUCUUUGUGCUCUACUUCAGCGAAUAUUUCGCUUCCUAAUGCCCUCAGAACCCUCUUCUAUUCCGAAUUUGUCCUUCCGCUUCGCACUCCAUCAAUACGGCCUUUGAACCGACUUUCUCGCCACGAUCCCAGAAGCAGACGGGCUAUUACCACUGUUUCGCUUGAUUCAAUUCCUAUCACUUCGUCCCAGAAACACGAAAUAUUGAAUUCUAAUCAGAAUGAGACGUCGGCCACCAUUGACAGUUCGAACACCUCAAAUCAGAGUUUAAACGACCAAGCCUCCCAAACUACAAGUUCCGCAAGCUCGCCUUCUACACGUGAAACGAAGACGGAGUCAAAAACGUUCAACAAAAAACGAUCAGACGACCGCGGCACCAAGAAGACCGCACGGAAAGGCGCAACAGACGCCGGCCCCAAGCCCCAGAAGAAAUCUGAAGAAUGGGAGACUCAGAAGGGUGCCUUGAAAAGAAAAUUUCCAGAUGGAUGGGCACCACCCAAGAAACUCUCCCCUGAUGCCAUGGAAGGGAUACGGCAUUUGCAUCUCGUUGAUCCCGACAAGUUCACGACCCCUGUCCUUGCGGCCGAGUUCAAGGUAUCCCCCGAAGCUAUUCGGAGGAUCCUGAAGAGCAAGUGGCGUCCCUCGGGGACUGAGAUGGAGGGUCGGCGCCAACGAUGGGAGAAGCGACAUGCGCGAAUCUGGGGACAUAUGUCUGAGUUGGGUUUGCGACCGAGGCGUCCGGACUCUAUCAUCGAUGCGGCUAAGAUAUUGUAUAACAAAAGCAAGAAAGACAAGGAAUCUAGCGAUUCCUAA